CCUGAUUGGGAGGUCAGCAUUCCAAACCGCCCAUAAAACCCAGAAAGUUCCACCUUGCUUUUCACACUCCCGAAUGCAGAAACAAGACGCAGAGAGUAAAUUAUCUACUGCUGAGCAAUGUGUCUGCACUUGUACACCGUGGUUUCUCCCUGAACAGCAAUUCCACCUGUAAAACCUUCACUCCUCAGCUUCUGGGGAGAGCAGCGGGGAGGCGUUUUGGACAGCAAACCAGCGGAGGGUCAUGACGACUGUAAGGAGGAAGUUGGUGGUGGUCGGCGAUGGUGGCUGUGGUAAAACAAGCCUGUUGUUUGUGUUAAGCAAGGAUGAGUUCCCAGAAGGUUAUGUCCCCACCGUCUUUGACACCUACGUGGCCGACAUCGUGGUGGACGAGAAGCAAGUGGAACUGGCGCUCUGGGACACGGCCGGUCAAGAGGACUACGACCGCCUACGGCCCCUCUCCUACCCGGACACCGACGUCAUCCUGAUCUGCUUCUCGGUGGACACCCCCGACUCGCUGAGCAACAUCCCGGAUAAGUGGAUGCCCGAGGUCAGGCACUUUUGCCCCGGCGUGCCCAUGGUGCUGGUGGGCAACAAGAGAGACCUGCGGAGCGACCAGCAGGUCCGCAAGGAGCUGGCCAGGACCAAGAAGGAGCCGGUGAGGUGGGAAGAGGGCCAGGCCAUGGCGGAGAGGAUCGGGGCCUACGCUUACCUGGAAUGCUCGGCCAAGCACAAAGAAGGCGUCUGGGAGGUUUUCGAAACAGCCACCAGGGCCACCUUGAAAGCCUCGGAGCCGGGAUGCUUUGGGUGCGGGUGUGUGCUGAUGUAAGAGCGCUGGACUGGGGACGGGUGAAACCGCCAAGUUUCCCAGAAAGGCAAAUACCUUAUUAACAUGUUAGGGCAGGAAAGUUAUUCUAUCAAGUGGGCUGGGGGAAUAAUAAAACUGGCACGGGGAACCAGGACACUCAUCGAACAAGAUGUCAGCUGCUGCUCAGUGGUGAGCACCCUUAUAGCUCUCGGGUCACACCGGGUUGUGGGCUCAAAGUCCCAACUCCAGUGACUUGAGAGCAAAAUCUAGGCGGACGCUCCUGUGCCAGUGGUUUAGGAAGGGCAGCAUUGUAGCAAGUGCCACGUCUGCCCUCUCAGGUGGUGAAGAAAUCAGCCCUUGACAUCAUUUUGAAGAAGAGCUGGGGAGUUUAUUUGUUUCAUUGCUGUUUAUGGCACCUGAGGGUGCAGAAAUUGUCUGGCACGUUCCCUUCACUACAAUGGGUGACUUAUACUUCUAAAUCCUUUGGUGUUUUGCUGUUUGGGAUGUCCUGAGACUGCUAAAAGGCACUAUCUAAAUGCAAAUUCUUUUCCUUUUAACCAAUGUUCCAAAUGGCUUCAAAUCGUACAGACGUUUUCUGUUAAAAAGUAAAGGAAAGUAUUUUGUUCAACACCAGAUCACGAUGUUAUAGUUCAGUUGGCAUACAAAUUGUAUAUCUGAUCUACAAUUUCCGUUUAAGGGUCAGGCCAGCUGGAUUUUCUGCUUUUAUACUCACAUGUUCCUCUUUGCAUUUGAAAAGUGGACAAAAAAAAUUCCUCCAUGAUUCACUGGAUACUUUCCCUUGUUUAUGAAAGGGUGAGCGAGGUUGUGACAAUUAGAUCAUUUUUGUUCUGCUAAUUAUCAGCUCACUUAAAAUCACACUUCAGCUUUCUCACUGCACGCCAGGUAAAGACUGAGGUCAGUGCUGGGCGAACUCAGGUCAGUCCAAUGGUUUGCACACAGACCAAUAUCCCACCGGCACUCGCCUCCUGUACGUGGGAAUGUCCACCUCGGCAAAGUGACGCACGGGGAGACAAAUGAAAGGGCAGUCCAGGCUCCCACCAGGGAACCCGCGGUACCUGGGGCCAGUCUGAACUUUGCUGCGGUAACUUACCGGCAGCUCCGACUGCCAAGGAGCUGGGCCCGACCAGUACCGGGAACACAGCCCCUUGUGGAAAAGCGGCACUGGGAAGCUUUUGAAGUGUCCGGGGAAGAAGGAAAUAGGUGAUACGUCUGCCCAAGAAUCCACCCCCUCCCUUGACUUUGUGCACCAGCUAACAGGGAACUAAGUCCGACAGACCGGGAAGGGCUUGAGAGUCCGAUCCCCGCCGUGUUGGUGGGGUGGGGGGUGGUAAUGAGCAUCUGUGACCCCCCCCCACCCCCCACCGCCACCACCCCUUGCCAAGACAAGCCGAGGACAUCAAUCAGCCAGGGUUCCGUCUCCCGCUCACCGGCUGGUCAGCACUGCUGGAGACCAGGUGACUGCAGGCCGAGAUCGGGUAGGGACACCCUUCUCCGCCCACGGGCAAUGCCUGCUUCAACUGACGCCCAUCCAAGGGGGGUGGG